AUAAUUUUUAAAGAGCUAGUUGCACCCAUAAGCGGUUGGUUGUUAGAAAACAAAGUAGUUGGCAUCAUUUUCAAGUAAUUUGUUCUAAUGGAGAUGGCAUUUGGAGGUGCGGCUUUCUACACCAUCAGAGUAUAUAAGGAGUCCCUGGACACUGGCAUUCACACAACUGCUCUACAACCCCAAACCAACUCACCACUCCUGACACCAUGAGCUACUACGGCAGCUACUACGGAGGCCUGGGCUGCGGCUUUGGAAGCUUUGGUGGCCUGGGCUAUGGCCAUGGCUGUGGAUAUGGCUGUGGAUAUGGCAGAGGCUAUGGAUAUGGCAGCUUCCGCAGACUGACAGGUGGCUGUGGCUUUGGAGGCCACGGAUAUGGAUGUGGCUCUGGCUUUGGAGAACCCGGAUAUGGUUUCGGCUACAGAAGCUAUGGAUAUGGAUGCUGCCGCCCAUCAUGCAGUGGAGAAUACGGGAUCUCUGGAUACUUCUGAAUAAAUACUUGAAAAUUUACAAUGCCUGCCCUUGAUUGUUUUGAAAACUUCAUUCCACAACCUGUGUGCUUUUCUCAUCUUGUCUUUAUAGCUGAACUUCUAGUUGGACCACAUGGUUUCUGACUGUAAUGUGAAGGAAACUGGAUGAACUAGAUGCUGGCAUUUGAAUAGUGAUGUUGUGUAGUGACGAUUUUCUUCAUCUCUCUUUGUACUGGAUGGGGAAUCAUUUGCAUAUCUGCAAAUGUUUGCCUUUCAGGAUCUAACAUAAUAUAAUAAACCUUAUCUUACAUAA